UCGUCCUCGACGUGCACAUGAAAUAAUUUUUGUCUAUGGUGGAUGGUCAGGUGGUAAUGCAACAAGUAUGCUCGAAGCUUAUGAUAUUCGAGCUGAUAAAUGGACAGUUAUUUCAACGGAUCAAGUUUCACCACGUGCUUACCAUGGCUGUAUUACAGUUGGUAAUAAAAUGUAUGUUAUCGGUGGUUUUGAUGGUACUGAAUAUUUUAAUUCAUGUCGUACAUUUCAUUUAAUUGAUCGAGUAUGGAAUGAAAUAGGACCAAUGAAUGAGCGACGAUGUUAUGUUAGUGUAGUUUAUUUAAAUGGU